AUGGGGACUUUAUUUGAGUGUCUUCGUGAAGCACGUCUUGAGAAAUACUAUCCAACUCUACGAGUAAAUGGGAUCACAAAAUCUGAAUCACUGGCAAAACUCACCCUAGAAGACUGUGAAGCUAUCGGUGUUACAUCUAUCGAGGAUAAAAGAAGACUUACUGCGCUGAUAGAUAUCAUAAAAUCUGUACAUCAGUCUGAUUCACCAAAUAUUACUCCACCUAGAACAGGAGCCAGACCAUCAUCAGCAAGAAAACGAAAUAGAAGUCCAGCAUACACUGCACAAUCACAAUUGUCUGGGUAUGCACUAAAUGCAACCAGUAAUGUCAGAGUUCGGGAAAACCUUCCCACAGCUCAAGCUCACUCUGGCAAUCAGUUUCUCUCAAGGGCAGAUUUAUCUGACUUAGGGUCAAGUUCAGAUGAAUCAAGCUCUGAAGGAUCAACACAUUCAGAUUAUGAACCAGCAAAGAAACACCUAAAUGCUGCAUCAGUCUCACCACCUCCACCUCGAGUUCGAAAAACGGCUAUAAGUCGUGUUCGGCAAAGUGGCUAUAAUUAUGGGGUUCCUAAAGCUGGAAGUAUUGCUCAGUCAGUCAGUAAAUCAAAGGCAAGAGGUGCUGAAGGAGGACUUCUUGGAGACGAAAGGAUACGAGUGUGUGUACGAAAACGACCAAUGAAUAAACGGGAAAUUAAAAACAAGGAGGUGGAUGUAUGCAAAGCUGAAAGUACAACAACAUUGACGGUCAAUGAACCAAAGCAAGCUGUGGAUCUUACAGCAUAUACACUGGAACAUGAAUUCAUUUUUGAUGAAGUGUUUGAUGACAAAUGCACUAAUGAAGAUGUUUAUGUCAGGGCAGCUAGGCCCCUUGUUGGUAACAUAUUUACAGGGGGUAGUGCAACCUGUUUUGCCUAUGGGCAGACCGGGGCAGGAAAGACACACACAAUGAUCGGGUCACAUGAUGUACCAGGCCUCUAUCUUUUAGCUACGCAUGACAUUUUUUCCAUAAUUGAGUCCAAACAGUAUGGAUCUGAUCUUAAAGUAUGGGUCAGUUUCUUUGAAAUUUACUGUGGACAGCUGUUUGAUUUACUCAACAAACGUAACAGACUUCAUGCUCGUGAGGAUGGUUCUCACCAUGUGUGUAUAGCUGGUUUAACAGAGACACAGGUACAGAAUGUAACUGCCAUUAUGCAGGUUCUGGAGUAUGGUAAUUCUGUGCGAAGUAAGGGUGUGACAGGGGUAAACCCAGACUCUUCUCGGUCCCAUGCUGUACUCCAGAUAGAGAUCCGAAACAGCCAGGAUAAACGAGUGGGAAGGAUGUCAUUCAUAGACUUAGCAGGGAGUGAGAGGGCAUCGGACAUGACAGAGACAGACAGACAGACGCGAAUGGAGGGAGCAGAAAUCAACCAGAGCCUUCUUGCGCUGAAGGAAUGCAUUCGUUCCAUAGACCAGGACAGCAAACAUACACCAUUCAGACAGAGCAAACUGACUCAUAUCCUGAAGGACUCCUUCACUGGAAACUCUCGCACCUGUAUGAUAGCCAACUUUUCUCCCACAAACAUAUCAUGUGAACACACUCUCAACACACUCCGAUAUGCAGACAGGGUGAAGGAAUUGCGAAGAGAUCCUGGAUCAGGGGUGACUCGAGCAAGUCUAGCCAGUAACAUCCUAAUGAAUAUCCCUUUACAGGCACCAUCUGCCUUCCAGCCCUCCAAUGUCUUGUGUUCUUCCACACCAAUGCGACAUCGUGCAUCACGUCAGAACAAUAGUCGCACAGUAUCAGAUAUAGCACUUGACCCAAAUGAAACCCCUAUCAAAGGUCAUGGAAUGAGGAGAAAAAUUGUUCCGAAAAAUAUAGCAAAAUCUGAAACAACAAAACCAAGCCGUUCCGUAGCAAGUCGUCUGUCAGUUGUACGUCACACAGGACCUAGUAAGUCUUCUUCACCUGUGACGUCACGUCGAAAUCUCACUGCAGAAGCAGCUCCUGGGAGUAAUUCAUCAACAGAAGAUGACACUCCUGAACAUACAGUUUCAGACUCUAACAAUAUCACAGUGCCAAACCGACAAGGAAUUGGAGUGAGAGCAAGUAAUGUCCCAAUCACACACUCACAAGAUACAGACAAUGAUUUUCCAACUACUGACUUCAAUAAUGAAGAAAUGCUCAAUGAUCUCAAUAAAACAGGUGGUAAGCAAGCAACGACUGGUCAAACGAUACCAAUGGGAGAAACGUCAAACACAACCGCGCCCUCUGCUGUGAUGGGCGGAGUUCAUCUGUCAACAGCUGGGCACCCUCUUCCUAUGAUUGAAGUAGACAGGACAUCUCAGGGAGCUUCUGUUGGUGUAAAUAACCAUGCUACCCCUGUGUUAAGAAAUAAAAAAUAUAUUGAGUCCCCUAGACUGAACAAUGCACCUGUGCCUCCCCCUAGAAAUAUUCAACAUAUGGGAGCUGGAUCAUCUGGUGCUAUUACUAAAGGACCUCAAGUAUCUGACACUCUACCUCAACGUCAUUCUCGUCCUUCAUCAGAGUUUAAUGAAAGUUUUGAGGAUGACCUUUUGUUCGAUGGGACUGAUAGAAUACCAAAUAGUGCUAGGGGCUAUCCGCGUAAACCGUCGACAGGGGAGACAAACUCUGGAGGAGAUAAUAAUUCUCCUAAUCUUGGACUCAGUCGGGGACGGGAUGCUCCAUUUAAGAUGCCCCAGGAUACUUUGACCACGCCAGCCAUACCAGCUGUACUGACUGCUAUCAGUAGUGACCUUGCUACAUUUUCUCAAAGAUCUCCUGGGAGAAUAGGUAAUAACAGAUUCCACAAACCAGAGCCUCCACAAGCCUCAGGCACUCGUCCUCCAUUUACUUUAGAAAAAGUGAAGGAUAACCCCAUGGCAUCACGUCCCCGACUUCUGAGGACUCCCCCUCCAGUGGUGUCGGAGUCUAUGAUGGAAUCUCCAGAACAGCGGGGAAGACCUAGAUUAACUGACCCAGCCUCUGUAUCAUAUAGACCAGGUGGAAACUUAAACGAUAAUAGAACUGAUAUGGAUAGAUUGUCUCCAUAUAAUGCAGCAACACAAACUAAUUUGAGAGAAAAUAAUCAGGAUAGUAUGAAUCAAGAAGUUGAGCUUCCAUCCACAGGAGAGUGGUAUGCUACACCUGCAAACUUUGAAGCUCAUAUAGGGGCUUCAAUGCAAAAAUCUAGUAAUUCUGUUUAUCAGUCUUCUAAACUAGAACCAGGUGCUUUCUUUAGUAAAUACAAAGAAUUUACCAACAACAUAACACCAGAGAAACCAUAUGAGGAUUACCACAAUGAAGAAGAAACAGAAAUCAAAGGAGUAGAUGGUGACAUGUCAGAGUUCCUGACAGUUCAAAGACGACAAACCACCUCAGAUAACCGUAAAACAGAUCCUGUAUCACGUCAGAAUGUUGCAAGUCGUCUUCGCUCAGUGUUUUUAAAACCACAAUCAGAAAAUUCAGAACUUGAACCAACUGCAUCAAAACCGAGUGAAACAAAAUCCAUGACAAGUGAUAGUGGACUGACUGUGUCAGUCACCGACAGUCCUCAAGCAGUGCGUACUUGUUGGGAUAGUAAUUCCAAUCUUGUACAGAAUAAGCUUCCAUCUUUACAAAGUGCUAAUGUUCCUACUCUCCUACAACAAAAUUCACGCUAUCUUCCUGAAAACGAUCGAAUUCCAGCAUUACUUGAUCCAAACAACAAAGAAAACAUCCUGGCGACAAAUUACCAUCAGGAUGGUACAGUGUCGUUUUGUUCUUCCUCAUCACACGACAGUCGAUCAGAUCAUAGUGUCGGAUCGGGAGGACGCUCCACUAAUACCAGCAGUGCUAUUAAAACAGAGAAGUUAGCUGUAGGAUCAGCAUUUUCACCAAUUCACCCUCAGCCUGUCACUUCUAACCGUCUGACGAAGAGUGUUGCUGUGGGAAUGGUCAGUAAAGAUAUUCUUCAACCAAAGGCUUUGGCAAUGUCCACAGACAAUGCUGGAAAUGGACGCACAAGAACCAUAAGUGAUGAGUCUAUUUCCUCAGAUCCAAGACAACGACUGAUAUCAGCCCAUGAAGAUCAGCUAGCCAUAGUUACCUCCCUUUGUAAAUUGGAGAUGAAACUAUUGUUGGGAGCUAAAGCUGGAACUAAGACUUUUGAUGCAUAUGUUGAUCGAAUCAGCAACAUUUUGAGUCAGAAGAUGUCUGCCAUGCAAUUACUGCAGGAACACCUACAAUCCUACAUAGCAUUCCAGGUCCCACGAGGGGCAAAUAGUUCAUAGAACUCAAUCCUACACAACAUU